AUGUCCAUCACCACGAAAAAAUUAGAACAGCUCAAAGGCGCUGUGGCAAACAGAGUCCCAUACAUCUCAGGGGUCGUCCCCCUGCCUCCCCAGUCGACAACACUGUUCUUCGGUCGUGGUGGAACUACAGGGCAACUGGAUCUUCGUAAUCCUGAAGAUGCUCAGGUGCAACUGCUUGUAAAGCUAUGCGAGCCCGCAACAUUUGGCCGAAACCAGGAAGAUUUGCUCGACGAAACUUACCGUAAAGCUGGCAAGAUGGACAUCGAGAAUUUUGCCAUGAACAUUGAUUUCGGGCAACUGCACAUUUCCGACAAGAUUAGCUCAGAGUUACUCGUGGACGGGCGACCGUUCAGGUAG